AUUGCUAUUAGUUAAAACGGAUCUAGUUCACUAACAUUUCAUAUAACAAUUCACUUGGACCCUAAAAUGUUCGCAGCAAUCCCUACCUUGCAGGUAACCUGGUAGUUGAAAGUAAAAUCACGGGGGAAGAAUAUGUUUACUUUGUGGUAAAAUACAUAUUGUUUUGUUUACUCAGAACGCUUCUGCGCGAGCAAUGACAGGUGAUGUUGGAAUCCCUUAUUUAUAAAUGUGCCGUUUUUAUACCAACAUUUUGUUUCGUCACGUUUAUUGAUGUCAUCGAUCUAUGAUCUAUCUCAAGCCGCGAUGCUCGAUUUGACCGACUUGUCCCGGUCGACCUCGUAUAUGCCUGACUGGAAUAGUGACUUUCUUUUGCAGACGAAAAGUUUUGUGUUUACGUUUGGUGUCUAGACCAUAUACAGCUGUGAAAAUGAUAUUAAUCUGGAACAGACAGCAGAUCGAGAGAAGAUCAGGAAGAAUACUUCUCUGGCGUAAAGGAAAUGGCCCUCACAUUUUAAUAGCUAAAAAUAAAAUCCCGCACCUUAAAACGAAAUAUGUUUCACUAUAAAUGCGUAGACAGAUUCAAGAGGUCGCUAUUCGCCAACGCAACAAGAAAUUUUUCUAGUCAAUUUUUCUACACAAAAUGAAGAACGGUUGAAAAGUUUGCUCCCCGAACAAAAUACGAGGAUAAUCGAUGAGAUCGGAUUAUUGAUUGACGUUGUUACAGACAUAUUUUCUUUAUAUUCUGCAUUUGGAUAAAUUAUAGCAGUUAAAACAAGUCCAGAUCGAAAGAUUUACUGUUGAAAAUUUCUGUUGAAGUAGCCUUGAACCAACAAUGAUUAACUGACGGGGUCCUUGAUUUAGGAAUACUAAGAUUUGAUCAAAGUUAUAGCAAACAACGGGUGAUUAAUACAACCAGUUGGGCACAAGCAGUUUGUGAUUAUUGCCAAUUCUAGUUCUUUUCAUGUGGGGAAGUGAAGAAACAUGCCCUAUCUAUCACCGAUUAAUCUAUUUAUCAUGAUCAGAUCUUUAAAACAAAUUUCUUACGCCUUUAUCCUCAUUUUAUUGCUGGAUAUCGACGGCAAUUUAUUUUCUGUUGUUGCGCUGGCGGAUACAGGUUGGUGUUGGGGCAAAGAAAAACACGUUACAAAGGUCAAGAAUGCUUCGUCACUGCCGGAAAGACAGGUUAAUAUGUCCGUUUCGAAGAUUUCGCCAUCUGCACUGAAUAUCGGUUCCUAUCCUCCUGCCAUAAGAUCUUCCAACAAUGACGAGAAGUUUACCAUAACUGCACCAGAAAUGACAGGAAAUCUGCUCUCAAACGGAGAUUUAAAAGCACUUCGAAAUGCAUUGCUUAUUCAUCCUUUCAAAACAUGGAAUCUCAAACAUAAAUAUUCAUCAAUGAAAGACAUCCGCAUCCACGAGGACAAACUACAAGCUGUGAUUAAGAACGGGGACAACGCGAGAUUGAGGAGAAAACUACUUAAAGUAUUGCGAGGCGAAGAUGUCUACUUGGACGCAAUCGGGGGAUCACAUACUGCAGGAGGCGGUUUAGAUACAGAGGAGGCUACUGGCAUUGAAAGGGUAUAUUAUAAAGUCAUUGCGGAUUGGUGGGGCAAGAUAAUAACACCUAUCACCGGGUCCGAAAUCAGGACACGUGGAAUUGGGAUUGGUGGCACACCAAGUAACUUUUUUCAGUAUUGUUUUCGUUCGUAUGUUCACAAGAAACCCGAUUUAGUCCUUCUUGAUACGGCUGUAAACGACAUGUGGAGGAAAAACUUUAUUGGCAACAAAUGUAUACCUCUGGAACAGUUGACAAGACAGCUUCUUAGCUAUCCAACUGAACCAGCAUUAGUGUACGUAAAUUUCUUCCCGGUUGAGAAUUGUAACUCUACAUGCACCAAUAUUGAAAACUUCGGUCAAAAUGUUCUCACUUAUCUUUACAAUAUAACAACUCUGAGUUGGAAGAAUGCAGUUUGUAUGCGGCAAGGAUCUCUUUUCAACACUUGUCGCGAUCUUGUGAGCAAAGACAAGAUGCAUAUUAACCAGCUGGGACAUGCACAUAUCUCGUUAAUGAUUAUAAACCUGAUCAGAAAAAUCUUACAGGAAGGCUUAGCUGCUAAGAAUAAUUUUUUGAGUGACCUUGAUGUGAAAUCCAUCUCGCACGAAAUUUCCAAGCUAAAUAUUCAACUCCCUCCGCCAGCGUUUAUAAGAUCUGGUCAUUUGAACAUUGGUCCACUUUGCUGGACAACCCUCACGCCAAAUUAUAAAAAAAAUGUAACUGACAAUAAUCUUGACGUGGUGAUCACCAAAAACAACGGAUUUUCAUACGCAAUGAAAAAGCGUAGAAACAAAUGCCGCAAAUCUUGCCGUCUUGAUUUAUAUACGAUGUGGACCGGCGAAACCCUCGGCGCCUAUUCAGAACUGUCGUUCACCGUUCCUGCAAAUGUCUCCCACAGGGGGAUUAAUGGCCGUUCGGUAGUGAUUUCUUUACGAUCAUGUUGGAUAUGUGGCACAGCGAAUAUUUGGGUAGAUAACAACUUUAAUAAGAAACGACAGUUCGACUUAAAAGAUUUACGGUUUGAACGAACAUUGGUUGAGAUCAUCGCAUUGCGUGUAAAACCUGGGCGGCAUACUUUAAAUAUUAAGGUUGUAAAAAAGGGCAAAGUUUCGCUUGUCGGAGUGAUGUUGGGUCCUCCUGACGGACCUUUUUAAUCGCAAGGAUGACUAAAACAGUAUCGUCUUAAUUGAUCUUGGUUGUACACCGUUUAUUCUAUAUAUAUACACAUUCUAUACUUAGGGUAUAUUGAAAUAAUUGAAUAGCAUUGAAUCAAGUCCAGACUGCAUGAUUGGAACAUUUUGUUAUUUAAAGUUUGCUCAACGACGUAAGCAAGAAACCCGAUUUAGUGAUUUUAAUCCUUCUUGAAACGGCUGUAAACAACAUGGCAAAACCAAAUUUUAACAGCAGCAUGCAGUCAGGAGUAUACCCCUAGUCCUAGAGCACUUGACGACAGCUUCUUAGCUAUCCAACUCAACUAGCAUU